CCUGUGUGAGCUCCGUUUCUCAGUAUGAGUUCUUAAGCGGAGGAAGUGUUUGUUUUUUUAGAACGGAAACCCAAGCGAUGCGCACACACAGCUGCCGCUGAUGACAAGAAGCGGCACAUUUUAUUGAGUCGCCUAAAGACCGCGGCUGUGUUUAUUACUCAGAGCAGCAGCAAAAGGUGAAGCGAGUUUGCAGAGCAGCCAGCUUCCAUAAUGGGAUCUUUUCGGCGUCCCAGACCUCGAUUUAUGAGCUCUCCAGUUCUGUCAGACCUUACCCGUUUUCAUGCAAGCACACCUGCUCUACAGAUCUCCAACAUCACUGUGUGGAACAGGGUCCAAUCAGCUGUGAUCAAGGUGUUCAAGGGGGGAGCUCUGCAGACUAAUGAGCUCUACACACUUAACGAGAGCAUCAGGUGGCUCCUUAAAACUGAGAUGGGUUCCUUCAUCACAGAGUACUUCCAGAAUCAGCUGCUGAGUCGAGGUCUAUCUGGAGUCCUGGAACAGAUCCUUCUUCAAAACAGUGACACUGAUGACAACCAGCUUAAUGUCCUUGCCUGUAUGUGGGACCAGUUCUUCACAGAGACCCUCCCUACACUGCAGGCCAUCUUCUACCCUGUCCAGGGUCAGGAGCUGACUGUGAGACAGAUGGCUCUCUUGGCCUUCAGAGACCUGGUGCUGUUAAAACUUCACCUGGAGGAAACUCUGGGAAAUGCAACCUCUAUUCCUCCAUCAGUCACACAGAUGCUACUGGUGUUACAGGGUAUCCAUGAGUCGGGUGUUCCAAGUUCGGAGUAUCACCGUUUGGAGAGUCUAGUGGAAAUUGUUGUGUCUCCAUAUAUCUGCAAUGUCCUGCACAAUAGAAACAGCCACCAAUUAGAGCCCUGUCAUCUACGUUCAUCUGAAGCACUGCUAGGUGACCAGUCCCAGCCUGAAAUUAAGAUCACACAGCAUCAUAGCUCCUUAGACUCCUCAUCUCUUUCUCCACUGGUGGAACAAGAAGGAGAGGCAUAUCUGGAGAAAGUUGGCGGUGUGCGGCGCCACACAGUGGCUAAUGCACACUCUGAUGUCCAUCUGCUGUCAGUUUCAAACAAGAUGCAUGCUGGGAUGGAGAACAGCAGAGGGGAAGAGGAACAGGGAGUUGUUGGGUUUUUGGUGGGGGCCAAGCCUAUGAGUCCCAUGAAUUUCUGCCGCCAAUUGGUCAUGGGAGAUUCUCCAAAUUGCUCAGAAGACAUUGGAUAUGUGAGACAGAACAAGAUGAAAAACUUCAGGAUGACGAAUGAAACUAACUGCAGAAAGAAACUCGCAGGACAUUAUUAAGAUUGAAGAAAAAGCAAGAAACUGUGUAGGAAUCACGAGGAAACGUCCGUACCAAGCUUGUUCAUCUAGGAUGGAAAGGUCUGCUCAGGGUCUUAACUGCAAUGAAUGUUUUAGCAUCAGCUAAGAGCUGCUUUCAAGUUCCUCACUACUUAUGAGGUUCUUCAUCUUUGUAUGUCUCCUAAUAUCAGGAGGUUCUCUUUUAAGACUGUUAUUAAAUAGCAAAAUUGAUUAAUAAAACAAAUUCAUGUGCUUUACAGUAUAAUACCAGUCCAGACAUUGGACACUUCUACUCUUUCAAAAUGUUUGAGAUUUGUUUUUAUCUGUAUUAUUCUUUACUUUUCAAAAAUAAAAAUAAUAAAUGACACAUUGAUAUGUUUAAUAUAAUUAAUACAAAAAAUUAGUCUGAUGUCACCAUUUUUAUCGUCAUCAAUUUGUCACUUGGUUGGAGAGGUGUUUAGUUAGCCAGCCAGCCUUGUCAUUGUUAACUAUUAAAAUUAGAUACCAUUAUGUUUCUACAAACUCCAUACAAAUUUGGUACCAUUCAGCAACUUUGCUAAGGAACACAAAACUAAAUAAAGAGCCCGUCAACUAGAAUACAAUGCAUCUGGAAAGUAUUCAAAGUACUUAAUUUGUUCCACAUUUUAACAUGUUACAGCCUCAUUCAAAAAGAAACUAAAUUAAAGUGUAGUUUCUCCCAUUAUUACUCUCAGAACCUCUCAAGUUCAGGGUUGAUGGGACGCGUCAGUGCCAGCCAUUUUCAGUUAUUUCCAGUGAUGUUCAAUUCGGUUUUAAUUUUAUUUCUAUUGAGAAAUAUUAAACAACAGUCACCUCAAAAUGCUUUAUGUUGUUAAGUAAAGACCCUAUAAUAAUGGAAAGAAGCGCCAACAAUCCAACGACCCCCUUUCAGUGACCACUUAGCAACAGUGGGAAGGGUAAACUUCCUUUUAACAGGAUGAAUCCUCUGUCAGAACCGGACUCGCUGAGAGGCAGCCAUCUACUGCGACCGGCUGGGACUAAUGGGAGGAAGACAGGAUAAAAGACACAUUUGUUUAAUCAUUUAUUAUUAACUAACGAGUGAGUAAAAAAGUUAAGUGAAGAAGAAAUAAUCAGUGCAUCAUGGGAAUCCCCCAGCAGCAGAGACAUAUUUGCAGCAUAAGUAAGGGUGGAUUCAUUGUCACCAGAUCCAGCCCUAACUAUAUGCUUUAUCAGCAAGGACAGCUUUACACCUAAUCUUAAACUUGUUCCCCAAAUCCAAACUGGGAGCUGGUUCCACAGAAGAGGGGAAAGAAAGCUGAAGGCUCGGACUCCCAUUCUACUUUCAAAUACCCUAGGAACUGCAGACCAGCAGUCUGAAAAGCAAAGUGCUCUUUUGGGGAAUACGGUACUACAAGGCUUUUAAUGAUGAUAUGGGGGCUGAUUAUUGAAAAUGGUAUGUAAUGAGAAGGAUUUUAAUUUCAAUUCUGGAUUUAACAGAGAGCUAGUGGGGAUUAGCCUGUAUGGGAGAAAAAUGCCCUUUCUAAUCCCUCUCAGUAUUCUUGCUGUUUGGACCAACUGAGGGUUUUUUAAUUAGUUUUUAGGACAGCUUGAUAAUAAUCGGGGAAAAUGUAUGUUAUGCCUUUGAAAGGUACUGCCUAGGGGAAGCGUGUAUAAUGUAAACAGAAUUGUUCCUAAUACGGAACCCUGCAGAACUCCGUAAUUAACUCCAUUUACAAGAACAAAUUUGAGUCUGUUAGAUGGAUAUGAUUAAAACACUGCAGUGUAAUGCCUUUUAUUUCUAUGCCAUGCUGUAAUCUCUGUAACAAAAUAUUGUGGUCAACAUUACCGAACACUGAACUGAGGUCUCACAGGACAAGUACAGAGAUGAGAUCACUGUCAUUAUUUUAACCUUCACUAACACUGUUUCUGUACUGUGAUGUGAUCUGAAAUUUAACUGAAACUCUUGAAAAUAAACCAUUA